ACCGUCUGCUAGCCAUCACCCAGUAAAUGCCCCGAAUUGUGGACGAGGACGGCCGCCGCGAAUUCCCCUUUCCCCCUAUGGACUCGCCGAGGACGUCGUCCUCAGGCGGCAGCAGCCUGCAGCCGAGCUCUGCAAGCAGCCGUUCGAAGUCCCUCCGCUCCCCGUCUACCUCCUUCACCUCUCACCCGCCCCCGCGUGUCCGCGCCGAGCGCGACAGCAGGCAGGACACCCUCUCCGACCUGCACCAGAAGCUGCUCGCGCACAUCGCCCCGCGCGAGCAGCCUGGCUCGCGGAGCCUCCGCACCGCGCUCGCGAUCACGACGGAACGCCUGGAGAGCGAGACGCGCCGUGCCGACGAUGCGGAGCGCCGCGUGCUCGAGGUCUUGCGCAAGUUGCGUGCGGCCCACGAGGCGACGAUGCUCGCCCAGGCCGAGGCGUCCCGGGCGAAGGAGGAGCUGACGCUGUACAAGUUCCGCCUGGACGAGGCGCAGCGCGAGAUAUUGCGUGCGCAGGAGGCCGUGAACGAUCUCGAACAAGCGAAGCUUGAGGCUGAGUCGGACGCGGCUCGUGCUCGGUCCACUGCCCGUCGGUAUCGCGAGCAGCAGCUCAUUGCGCGCGCACGGGAAGAAGGCAGGCAGGAGGGCCUACAAGAGGGCUAUUCUAGAGGAACGACCAUAGGAUACGAAGAGGCUGCGGUUGCUGAUCGGCCUAGGGAGAGGCGGUACGCCGCUCCAACCGUAGAGGAUGUGCCGGAGGAGGAGGAAGAUGAGGAGGAGCCUCGCAUGCAGAGGUACCGUGCUGGAACGCCUGGACCUGCUGAGAUUCUUGUCAGGACGCCAGUUCCUGAGUUUCGCAACCGAACACCAGGGCCAUUCAUUAUCCCGUCGGGGAGAGUGACGCCGCCGCAGCCGCAGCCACGGCGACCUCCAUCCCGACUGAGCGCGUCGAGAGCUAGCGAGCGCACUCACGUACCCGAUACUGCACACCAUGCCCCUAUACUUCCAGUACCAACAAUGGCGACACCGCUCAACCUCCCUUCUCCUUCACACUCCCGUGCCCAGACACCUACAGGGAUGCCGAUAGCGCAUCCAGCCCCGCGCUCGCUCGACAGCGGUAGCAUACCUCCCCCGAGACCUAUACGGGAACGCACCCCCUCUCCUACGCAUCCACCCGUAGAACUGCCACCAGAUGGGUGGAUUCCGUAUGCUUCCGGUCCCAACGAAGACAUUUUCCUCCCACCUCCUCAUGAGCUGUCCAGGCCGCUUUCCUCGGUGGCGGAAUCCCCUACCCCACCGCCGCCUCCUGUCCUCCAUCGCGCGGAACCAGCCCAGCCGUAUGCCAGCACAUCUACCGCGCCGCCACCACCACCCCAGAUCGUCUCGCGGGGUUAUCCAAAUGUCCCUCCCGAAGGCAUCCCGGUCACUCGUUCGAACGGCAGCAAACCCAUGUCCCCGCAGUCGAAGGCGUCCACGACAAUCUCGCAAUUCGACCUGACCAGUAGGGCGCCUUCCAGGACGAAGCCACGCGUCUCGACGUGGAGUCGAGCACCUAGAGAGGACCGACAGGUAAUGUCUCCGAGGGGGCCACGCCCGCGUGAGGACCUCCCUGCUCCUGUACGUCCUCCUUCACGGCAGGACAGCAGGGGCUCUGAUCGCUCGGAGCGUUCGGAACGCGAGAGAAGCAAAUCCUCUAUGAACCCGUUAGAGAAGCUGUUCAAGAAGCGGUACCGAGACAAGUCGUACAAAGAGUCACCGCCUAUGCCUCAUCCUGUGGUUCCCGACAUUAUUGUUGAGUCACCUUCCACGCCCUCCACCAAUCGUUCGUCUAUAAGAACCACAGCUACACACCCAGCAUUCCUGAGUCCAGAGCUUGCUCCGCAAUCGUUAGCUCCGUUAGCUCCUCAGGAUCCCAAUAUUAUCGUCAUGCGCACGGAGAUACCGGGCUAUCAUCCAUCGAUCCCCAUCGACCAGCAAUACGUUCCUCCACGGCCGGAGUCCGUCUCCCAAGAAGCCGUUAUUCCUCCCCCAGGCGACCAGUUCCCGCCCGGAUUCGUUCCGAUGACCCCGCCGAUGCCCACGGAUCCCAUCCCUGUCCCUUCCAACACCCCCGUCCCCGUCCCGCCGCCAACAAACCCGAUUCCGGUGCCUGCAAACACGCCGGUUCCGAUCCCCCCACCGAGCAACCCGGUUCUUGUUCCGUACAGAGAGGCAACCCCUGUGCGGGUCGCAUACGAUGCACCGCUGCCCGUCCCGCAGAACGAGGCCCUGUCUGUUGCGCAGCGCAGUCGCACCGAGAGUCCGCGGCGGGCGCGGUACGACGAGGCGCCUAUACCCGCUGGCGUGGUAUACCCCGAGCCGCCCUCGCGGCGGUCGGGGACGCCCUCGUCGUCGCUCAGCCCGAAGUCGCGGAGGGGCAGGCCGGACGUGAGGAGCCCGGGGGCGAACUUGUCGCCGCUGCCCAUCCAUUUCCAGUUCUUCGCGCCGCUGAAGUCGGACACGACGUCGGAGUCGCUACGGCUCUGAGAUUCGACCCUUGGGCGGACGCUUCAUCGCUUAAUGGCAGCUCUGGUCGGAUCGCCGGACCGGGCUUAUUUUUAUCGCUUUCAUUGCCGUGUAUAGUAGAUAGUGUUGUACUAGUAGCCAUCAUCCCUUGUACCUUCAACACAGCACAGAUCUGUCUUGUACAUAUAGUACAGUAAGAGGUUUGUUCGCCUCUACUAAGUGCCAGGUGUUUCC